CAAGGCCGGCGCGCAUCCGCACGGCGCGGCGGGCGGCGGGGAGCGGCAAGUGUGGCGGGGCGGGCAGGCCGCGGUGGCGCAGGCGAAGGCGCGCAGGCCGCGGUGGCACAAGCAAGGGUGGGUAGGACGGGGUGGCGCGGCGGGUGGCGGUGAGCGGCAAGUACGGCGGGGCGGGCAGGCCGUGGAGAGCUCGGCUACGGCAACAGCAGCACGGAGCAGGGGGCGCGGUGCGGCUGUGAGCACGGCGAGCGGGCGUGGCGAGGUCGCGCGGGCCGGGGACGGGCGCGCGCGUCACGCGGCAGAGCGAGCGGGCGUGGCGACGUCGCGGCGAUGAGUGAGGCGCGACGGCCAGGCGAGGCGCGGCGACGAGAGCAUGCGACGCGUGCCUGCGGGCUAGCUAGCUAGCUUCAGGCAUGCGAGCGUGCGUGCAUGCCGGCGAGCUUGCUAGCUAGCGAGCCGCUGCGGCCGUGUGCGCGUUCCGCGGGCGGGCUAAGCUAGCGAGCCGCUACGCGUGCGGGCUAGCUAGCCAGCCGCUGCCGCCGUGGGCGCGUGCAGCACGGCGAGCGGUGGGCGGCACGGCAAGCGGCGGGCGACACGGCGAAUGGCGAGCGCGGCGGGCGGUCGAGCUGCGACGCGCGUGCGGUUUGUCGCUGACGGGCGAGCACGGCGCGCGGGCUGCCGCGGUCGGCCUGGCGAGCGGCGGCCGCUUGGGAGGGCGACGCCGGCUGUCUUUUAUGUGUUUGAAGAACGGACCGAGCCGGACAAUAUUUGGGAUGGGUGUGCUGCGGUGGGCGCUCGGCCGACGCAAAUCCAAAUUCAGGCGGACACGACCUAUUGGCACCUCCAAACGGACAAAAUCCGAACAAAGCGGACGUCCGUUUGAGGUCGUGCCAUGGAGUUGGCCUCACUGCUACCACAACGACGUCGCGGACGCCUGCUCGGUGUGGAAUCUGAAUCCCUCAAUGGGUACGGGAAGCUCCCACCGUCACUCAUCUAUUUCUGGUAGCUCGUGUGCUAGACGGGAGACAAAUCCAGAGCCCUUGCUGCCGCCGCCCCCUCCGCGUCUACCAGUCCAUCUACGGAUUCGAGGUGCUUGGGUUUGAUUGGAGUAAGGGAUCAGUGUUUUUCCAUCUGCAGUUAACUGGCUACAAGCAACACUGCUUAUUUUGUUGCAGCAAACUAUAAGUUGUUGGAUGCACUACUGUUAAACUUCCUUCAAACUGGUCAGUGUAUGAUGCCCGGGUUGUUACCUCACUCAUUUUGAUCUGCCAUCUCCUUUUCCUCAGUCGUCUCUUGAGGUAGAUUUGGAUAACUAGCGAGUUUAGUUUAUGUGAAACUGUAUCUUUGUUGAGAGUUGUUUGCAGGCAGGCCGUUGCUACUGAUGCAGCCAAAUUAAUUUACCAUGCAUGUUUUUCACAGCAGCUCCCUCUUUGAUAUUGACAUCUUCACCUCUGUGCCAUGUUUCGAUAUUGGGUUGUCGAUCUGACAAAUGUGUUCAUAUCCUGGAUCUAAUUUUCUUAACUCAGGAUUGAAGUUUUAGUAGAAAUCUGAAGAUGACACAUGAUGGUUCAGUUAUUAAUGUUAAGUACAUUAGAGAAGAAACUGCAAGCACCUGAAUAACCUGCCGAAAUCUAUAAUUACACAGAGGAAACUGGAUGUGUCCAGGACUCUGGGGCCAUGGUUUAGCCAUGGUGAUUAUAUUGUUCGACUGAGAAGGUGUUCUUCUCCGACAAGUGAUGAUAUAGGGUUACCAAGAUACUUACAUAUUUCCUGGAUGGCACCAAGAACCUUGCCCGUCAACAGGUAAAUACUCCCUUAUCUUAAUCCCCAGUUACAUCUCUCAAAUUAUCUCUCAAAUUAAGCUCGCCAUGCUAUUUAUUUUCUCAUACAAGUUAUAGUUCCCAGAGAAAUUUGGAGUUCCCGUUGUCUGUUCCUAUUCUACUAGGCUAAUACUCAUCUAUUAUCUUGCUACUUACCAUGAAUUUACACUAUAUGAUUUUUUUAUUUUUUUAACUCUCAUUGUCAUGCCUUCUAAUUAUGUUAGUAGAUGAAUGGAUAUUUUGUUUCCUGCAUUUUUUUGGAUAUUUUGUAUUAUUUGCCAUCCUACGAUACAUGUUUAACAGCUGUUCUUCUCCAUCACGGCAUCUCACCAAUGUAAUUAAAGGCACAGGAAACUGAUAGAGGCGACCGAGCAGUCCGCGCAUGGAUUAAAUUUUGUUACCUUCUUCCCUUAAUCACCUAACUAAGCACCCAUGUCAUUAGUAUUUCAGAGCAUCUCCAGCCGCGCCCCUAACAAGCCCCAGGCGACUUUUCGACCGCCGGCGCCAAAAAAUCUGCCCAGUCGUGCCCCCAGGGGCCCAUUUUUCACCGGCUCGGGCCGAAAUUGGCGCCGGCGGACCCAACUCGAACCCGACGCGCUGGGGGCGCUCGGGAGCGCCGGGCGAAUAUUUUUUGGCGCGAAAGCGCCGUGGGCCAGCCGCGUCAGCGACUCGACUCGCUUCUCGCCGCUUCGUCGUCCUCAUCGCCUCGUUUCCCGCGGCGAAUCAAUGCCAAAGCUGCGCGCGCUGCCGCGCCGGUCAGCCUCCAUUGAUGCCUCACGGGCGGUGGAGUGAAGGCCGGUCGACGCGCGUCCCCUCGCCCGCCACGCCUCCCGCCACGCGUAACGCGCCGGCCAAGCCUACCGCGCGGCGCCUCCGCCUAUAUAAGCCGAGAACCAGCGCGCCGCGCUGGAGACACGCACAAACACUCCACCGCCGACGCGCCCAUUUCUCCCCCUUCCUCCUCUCGCCGUCUCCAGCUCAGAAGGAUGGCCGAGCGAUUCUCAGGCGACGGCGCGGCGGCGAAUGGCUUCGGGCGCCGCCAUCUGCACGAGGACGAGGCUCGCCUCCUCUUCGAGGCCGAGUACCCGGUCUCGCCGGACAUGCGGGUGCCCGGGGCGUGGAGGAUCAGCGCCGGCGGUGUGCCGGUGCCACCACCACCCAUCGGGGCGGCGCGGCGUGCGGAGAUCGCACGUAUCCGCGCGUCCCUGCCGCGGGCGGCGAGGGAAGGCCCGCGGCACACCCCGGACAGCCCGCUCUGGGAGGCCUACUUCCGCCGCCGACACGCCGAGCAGCUCGAGGCGACGAACGGCGCCGUGCCCUCCGACAGGCUCAACUCCGAGGGCCGGCGCCGGUGGUGGAGCGUGCCCGGCCGCACGUUGGAGGCCGUCCUCGAGUACAUCGAGGGCGGCAACACGCCGCGCCUCGAGUACCCCGCUCCCCCGUCCUUCUCACGCCGCCGGGGGAGCUCCUGGACGCCGAGGCGUAUGGAGCGGCCCGGCGCGUCCUCCUCCUCGUCCGGGCGCUCGUCGGGCUCUCCCUGCCUCCGCCCCGCCAAGCCGGAGCCCCAGGCCACGCCUGUCAGCGCGCGCACCCGCAGCUCUGGCGUCCGCUUCAGCGACUCCACCCCCCAUCCGGCCGCUUCGUCCUCGUCGAGCCCAAGCCGGAGCCCGGCCUCCCCGCGGAGUACGAGGAGAUAGCCCGGCGCGGCUUCUCCGACGAGGACGCCCUGCAGUGGGCGCGGGACGACUACCUGCGCGACGAGAUGGUCCGGCAGCGCCGGGCCCUGGAGGAGAUCGAAGCCCGCAAGCGCGGGCGCGAGGACGAGCACGGCGUCGUGAUCCUUGACAGCGACGACGACGAGGACGCCC